GAAUUUUUAAAAAAAUAAAAUCAUGGAUAUCGUACACUUUAAUGAAAUUAUCACCAUAGAAACAAAAUUCGUGACUUUAAAAAUGUAUAUAAUUUGAUCAUUCAUCAGGAACGGAUAUCUAAAAAUGCAAUACUCAUAUACGAAAGAGCUCUGUAGGGCCUGCCAAGCUAUUGUGAAAAAAGAAGGAAGUUUAUUUUAUUUUUGCACAUAACAAUAAAUCUGAGUCUAAGGCAAAUAAAUCAAUAUAUUCUUGGAGUACAUUUCCUUAAAUGUUGAUAAGUAUUGAGAUUUGAAUGCUUUUAGAUCUGAAUUUACUGGAUUACAGGGUAGAAAAAUGCAGGUACCACACGAUCAACAACAUUGGAAUGAUCUGGCUAAACAUGAAGCUCAGGAAAAUCGUAAACGAAAACAUCAACAUGGAAGAGGAAUAUGUACUGUCUUUCUACUGGAUACAUCCGGAAGCAUGGCAGGGGAUGGAUUUCAGCAGAUGAAGAGAGCUUUUAAUGAAAUUAUAAAUGAAUUCACUGCUCAUCCAUACGUUGAUGAAAAUGUUGCUGUCAUUACAUUCGGAGAGGAAGUCAAGUUCUUACAUUAUUAUUCUCACAACUACGAAUCUGUUAGACAAAGUCUUGCUGGUGUAGAGUGCAGUGGCAGUUCUCCAAUGGAAGCUGGUAUUCUUCUGGCUCUGUCCUGUUUGCUUUAUGGAGGAGGCCAUGUUGCCGCCUUCAGACACAAAUUAAGAGUAGAUGCAAGAUUGAUAAUUAUUUCGGAUGGAUGGCCUUCAUCAUCUUCUAAUGUUGGUGGACCUGAAAUAGACGGAAGCAGAAGAGAAUCAUUUUAUGAUGGGACUAUUGCAAGAUUGCAAUCACUAAUCAAAUCAAUAGGAAAAAUUAAUCCUAUUGUAUGUAUUCCAGUAGGAUUAGAUCCAAACAUUGAAUUCUUAAAGGGCUUAGUGCAGGUAUGCAGGCGAGGUAGGCUUUUAAGUCAUAGAGAAGCCCGUCAGUGUGGAAGGUUGGCUCUCCAUAUGGUAAGCUAUAUGGAUGACAUAAUUUUUUUUUCAAUAGAAUUGAAAGUUUUACGUUUUAUUAAUGUUAUAUUCUUUCAGAGAAUGACCACUCAUAUUUUGGAUAAAAAGCCAACAGCUCAAAUAACGCGUCAAGAUAUUGAAAGAUUUGCAAGAUUUUCAAGCGAAGAAACUGACUUCACUGAACAUGACUUGGAGGAUGUCUUCGAUAUAAUUGAUAAUUUAUAUGCGUACAAACCACUUACUGAGGAAAAUCUCAACGAUGACGACGAUGUCUUUACUGAACGUUAUCCAAAUCUUCCUAAAAUUGGUACUAGAGUAAGACGUGGACCACACUGGACCUAUAAAAACCAAGAUAGUAAUGGACCAGGAACAGUGAUUGGGCACUCAGAAAAUUUUGGUUACGUUAUAGUAGAAUGGGACAACGGAGUUCGGUUGAGUUACCAGUACGGAUUUGAUGGUAUGGAUGAAAAGUAUGACAUCGCUACCUCCGAAGAACCAAGAAUUCUCGAAAAUGAAUUGAUAGCUGUUGGUUGCUUAGUAACCAGAGGUCCUGAUUGGAAAUGGGGAGACCAAGAUGGUGGUGAAGGCAACGUAGGAACAGUGUAUAGAGUCGAAAUGGAUGCUGUUGUUUAUGUAAAAUGGCCCAAUGGCAAUAAAAGUAACUACAGAUAUGGAUACGAAAACAAGCAUGAUGUGCAGCUAUGUGAUCCGUUUGAGCCGUUUCUUCAACCAGUCAACUCUCGGCACCAGUUGAAAAAAUCUAGUCUUCUUGAAGAAGAAACAACAGACACUGAAUGGGAUUAAAAAUGGAUGGCUACUUCACCGAAAGAUGGUGAAAACCAUUCAAAAGCAAAAUGCAGCUCUAAAAAUGAAAUUAAGGGAUCGAGAAAAUAUGAGAGUCGUGAAAAAAGUCUAAAUGGACAAACCCGCAUCGUCGAUGGCAGUGGAAAGAUUCUUCUGGAAGAUGGAAAGAAUACAGUGAUGAAAUAAACGAUAAAAUAGAAGACUGUUACAGAAGAAAACCUGAGUCAUCUGUUGUCAUUGACUUCAAUGGUCGCUUAUGCAGGGUUAUAUUUCAAAAGAGGAAACAAAUAGACACGCUUUCCAAAUCAAUAACGGAUAUAAGAUGCAGUGAAGAUGAUGAAAAAAAUACUUGAGUUAUGCUAUAAUCGGAGUUAUUGUCGUCCUUGAUACAUGUGUAUAUGUUAUAGACAUACAAUGUGAAUAAAUUUAAAACUACGGUGCCUUGCUUCUCAUUGAGAUUCGAGGGUCAUUAAAACCCACAGAAAACGUCGUCGUUCU